AGUCUGUUGAGUUUUUACUAAUCCCAUACCAUUUGAACUUAUUUAAUAAGACCACAAUAGUUUGUUAAUUUACCAAUAUAGUUUUUAAUAAGUUUUAACUUUCAAAAUAUUAGUGUGGAAAGUUCAUAGACAAAGCAGUAAAACUGUGUCUGAAAGGAUUUUUUUUAUCUCAGUUGAUGAUAGAGUAGCUUAUGAGAAUCUUUGUGGUAAACUUCAAAGCAAAGGAGACAUAAACACGUUCUUAACAGAUUACAAUGUCAGACGGAGACAUGAAUAUCCCUUUUGAAGAGCCGGAUAGUUUUUGGAAAGUCCUGGAAAGUUGUACAUUACCAGUCACUCUUUACAUCAAAGGAGAUUGCGUUUACAAGGAGCAGACUGUUCUUCAUCAUGGACAGUUUCUCACUAUUCUUGACAGAAAAAAUAUGAGUUUUAUGUGUGGUCAAGAUUGGAAUGAUAAAUUGUUUAGAGUUACUUGUAAUGCUGCAAUUGAGAUAGUAGAAGAACAUUAUCCUGAAACCUUGCUAGAUAUAUUGUCACUGGGUAACAAAACUUCUACUUAUUUAAAAGUUAAACAGAAAUUUGGAUAUGAAUCGAGCAUAUGUGCUGCUGGUGAUACUUUCACAUUCGUUAAAGAGCAGUCUGUGGACUUGGAAAGUGAUGCUGCAAAUGUUAGUUUUAGACGAACCAGCGAUGAAAUAAUAGUUUGUUUGCCGGCAAACAUUUUGAUAAAUCCAAAGUUAUUCGUUUUCGUAACAGUUCAAGAAAGAAUGAACUUGCCAGACGUUACAGAAGAAAUGCUACCACUACGAGCGGUUUUCGUAGAAUCAGGUAAUGUACCAAAAGGUGUAGUGGAACUACAACAUAUAGAAGUGUAUGAUACCAUCAUAUCCGCUACUUUGCCAAAUAAUGAUAAGAUCCUUUACGAAAUAUUUUCUGUUGAUUCGCGAAUUAAAGUCAAAGAGUGUGGAUUCUUACCAAAGUUUAUUGAAUUCUUUGGGAAAAGCGAUUCAAAACAAUAUCAAAAACGUAUUAGUGAAAUCAAAUUUUCGGUUCACUACGAUAUAUACAGUGGUAGAAUCUACGGCUCUGUUGAAAUGGACAAUCCGUAUUUCCGCUUUGACUCACAUCUUGUGAAUAAACCAAAGCAGUUAAAGCAGGUUGCAAAAAUAUCGGCUACAUUGUCUACGUUACCAACCUCUCUAAAAUUUCAGCCUACGUCAGGCAACCAAACUAACACAAAAAGAACUAACCGAUUGUACACUUCUUUGAGCACAUUAUUACGACGAAAAAAAAGACCAUUAAGUGAUAGCGAGGUAGCGUUGGGACUUGGAUCUGCAGAAGCAAAAACUGGAAACGAAGCCGAAAUUGUUAAAUUACAAAAGCAAAAGAAUGAUAAGUAUAGCACACCAAGACAAGAAAACCAACUUCCUCAAGUGACAGAACAUUCGUCUGAAUUUGAAGAAAAUCAUUUCGACGUUAAUACGCAGGAUAAAAGAAGAACAAGUUUGCAGGGAGAAAACCCAUUAUAUGGCUACUUUACGCCCGCACAAAUGGGGACUUUAAGAAAGUCGAAAUCAAUGGAAAAUUUGACAAAACACUCUCACACGUCUAAUGAAACGAAAUACGUUUCGAUGUGGCCGUUGCCAGUACAACCUAACGAAGUAGAGGAGCCGGCACUUCUUGUUGAAGGUAAUGAUUCUGGUAUUGAUUCUCCGGAUAAUAGGAAAAGCCUAGACAAUAUAUAUAGAUCAUUUAGUAAAGCAGCGAAAGAAGAGGAUGGUCCAGUAGAUAAAACAUUAGAUCAGCAUCCUAACGAUUUCGUACAAAAACCACUGAUUAAACCAAAGCCUCCGAGAAAACUGCCAAGAAGUUUUAGUAAUGAUUCUAAUCCAAUUGAUGGCUCUUGCUUUGUUACAGAAGAUUUGAGAAGCAGUGAAAGUUCCAUAAACAAAACGGAAGAAGAACCAACCAAACCAGUAUUGAAACCAAGAACCGAAAAGACCAGAUCAAAAAGCGAAUCAAUCUGUUCUGGAAAGAACCACACCUAUGAAACAGUGAUUUAUGCGCGGAUAAAAUCUCCACCAAUUUUUUCUAAUGAUAAUCAGAAACGUGAGAUUGAAAGUUUAAAUGAAAUAACAACAUACACAGUUGAUCAGGUUCUAAGUCUUGUAGGAAAAUUGAAACUUUCAAAGUAUAUUCCGAAAUUUAAAAAAGAAAUGAUCAAUGGUAAAAUGUUGACCGAUCUAGACGAGAGUGACUCAGUAAAUACAUUGGGCUUGACGAAAUUUGAAGCUCGCAAAUUGCACAAAUUUAUUCGAGGGUGGCGACCAAGUACCAAGCAUGAUGUUGACACAAGGUUGUGUGACGUCAGAUCAUGGUCAACCAAUAAUGUUCGCCAAGAAUUAAAAGAAAUAAACUUGCUUAGUUUUGCAACAUUUUCUAUGGAAAACGAUGUUGAUGGUACUUUGUUGUUAGACUUGAUAGAAAACAAUUACAUUGAAUCGUUAUCACAAGAUGGUGUAAGGUUAAACUCUAUUGAAAUGAAAAGACUAAAAAAAUAUAUAAAAGGGGAACUGGAAUAUACGAAGGAAGAAAAGCUUCAAUCUAAGCUAAUGUAAUAAUGUUACUGAAUUUUGCUCUUUUUGAGAACCUGAAAAGUUUUAUAAAUUAAUUUGCUAUAAAUAUGAUAACUUAUGAUAAAAUGUCUGUUUUCCUCUUAAAAACAAGGAAUGCAGUUGAAUAUAGUAUUUAUAAUUAUUUCUUUUCGUAAUAUUAUUAUUAAAUCGUUGGUAAGAUUUCCCAUGAAAAUUGAUUGGUUCAGAAAACCCAAACUCAAAAGAUUCGGAACCAGCAAAACACUUGCUAAACAAUACAGGUCAUCAAUUUGUUUGGAGGUUAUUCUAUCAGCAUCCUUAAACACUAAAAUACGGAAAAAUUUAGAAGUGUCACUAAUUGCAUUGAAAAAAACCGUGACAACUUGUUUCAAAAAAGCUUCUUUUGUUCUAAAAUGGCGUGACGUUAUUAGUUAAUUAUUUUUCUCUCUAUUUCUUUUAAUAUCUUAGGACCAUUAUGUUUUUAUUUUGUAUAUACUGACUGAAUAAUUGUGAUAGUGGUUUUAUACUAAAAAGCUUUUGCUUCAUUUUAACUUUGUUUUACUUUUUUAACACAUUAUUACUAAAUGUUAUUAUUACAUGUGAAUCCAACCUUGUUCUAAAAGCAUGUUAUUGUUUUUCUAUUGGUAUGGAACCUAAACAGGGUCCUAGCUGUGCUCAGUCACGUAAAUUGAGUAUUUUGUAAAUACUAAUUCGUUUCGUUUAACCAUGUCUUACAACUAAGAUGUGCAGAAUAAUCAAGAAUGUUGAAAGUCAAUUUAAUUAGCACGCAACCAUUAAAUUUUAAUGGAACCCAAUGCAAACGGGCGAGCCAGCUGAAAGUUAACUAAGUUUUAAGUCCAAUUAUGAUGGUUCACUUGCAUGGAAGAAAGGCAAUAGCUUAAAUGUGAAAAAACUUGUGUCAAACAUUAAGUAAUUUUUUAUACGCAACUUUUACUUGUAAUUUUCAAAAAGGUCUGCAAAUGAGUUUUCUCUUCAAACUAUGUAAAUUUGGUGACAGAAUAGUGAUCUUUAUCUUGUGUUC